CGCUAUAUAAGACAUUGCAAUUUACCCACAGACAGUGCAGUGUAAAACAGACAGUCUAUGAUAUCGGACUUGAAGACAUAGCAAUAGUGGCAAUGUGUCAAUCAUUUAAGUGUACUAGUAAAAAACUGGCCAAUUUACGAUAGUAAAAAAAAACCCAAUACGAUCUGAAGUGUAAAAUGGCGAACUUGGAUAGACGACAGUCGUUAUAUUUAAAUUUAGGAUUUUUUAUGUUAUAUUUUAUUUCCGCUGAAUGUUUGGAUAGUUUAAAAACAAGACCAUCUGUUCAUGAUAGCAGUGAUCGCUGGAAAGCGAUUGAUACAUCCGGAUCGAGUUUGUGGACACCUGAAUAUUAUGAUGGGCUGGAUAAAUAUAAGAAAGAUUUUAUAACAUCAAACAACGACGACAAAUAUAGCCCGUUUUAUGCAAGUAAAACACAUCACGGGUACUCUCCAUUCAGUAGUGGAUCCCAUUAUUCGUCCUUGGGAUACGAUCGAAGGCCUAUUUAUAGUUCUGGUCGCCCGUUGGAUUAUGGUUUACAGGAUUACGAAAACGCAUACAACAAUGGCCAUCAGACACAUGGAUUCAGUUUGAAUCCACUGUAUGGAACUAACGACCUUACAAAAUCGGUGUGGAUUCCCGUUGCAGGAGCAGCGUUGUUAGGUAUAGCGGCUGCACUGGCUGCUAACCCUGUACUUCUGCAUUUGGGUGUUAGUGCAGGAAAACGGAAACGUAGGAGCUUUUCAGCUAAUGCGCAUCAUUUGGCAUACAGAGCUCAACCCUCUACAGACGAUAGAGCAGCACAUAAAGGACAAUGAGAUAUAGUUGUAUUUUAUAAGAUCCCUCAGGUAGUGUUAACUAUGUAGCUGCUAUAUGUAACGGGUGCGAUGCACUUUUCAUGAAACAGAGCAAUAAAGCUAGUUUAUCGAUUUUUACAAA